CUUUUAAUCUCGGCCACUAAGAAUGUGUGUCGAAAAUACUGGAGAUAUGCUUCGAAAAGAUUGUAGCUGUUAAUUCAUAUUGAAAUUUGAUAUUGUUCAUUUUUUCUUUUUCUUUAUCAUUGCGAACAUGGCGGAUAAAACGAAUUCUCAUGAGACCUUUAUGUUUAAGUUUGCAUUAUCUGCUGUUGCUGCUGUUGUAGCUGAAUCUGUUACGUAUCCAUUAGACCUUACAAAAACCAGGUUACAGAUCCAAGGAGAGCAAACGCAUUGCCACCAUGCAUUCACCCAUCAGGCUUCUGAGGGGGUCAAAGAGGCAGCUUCACACAGGGGCAUGUUAAAAACUGCAGUUGGCAUAGUUCGUGAAGAAGGACUUCCUAAACUUUGGCAGGGUGUUACACCAGCCCUAUAUAGACAUGUUGGUAGAGUAAAAAGCACCUGGCAUGCCUUCUCCAGCCUAAGAAAGGAGGGUGGUGUGAGAGGCCUGUGGAGGGGCUGUGUGCCCAAUGUACAGAGGGCUGCAUUAGUCAACAUGGGAGAUUUAGCAACUUAUGAUACGGCAAAACAUUUCCUAUUAAGGCACACAAGUUUACAAGACAAUUAUGUAACACAUUCCUUAGCAAGUGGGAUGUCAGGUAUAGUUGCUGCUUUAGUAGGUACUCCAGCAGAUGUUGUAAAAACUAGAAUUAUGAACCAACCAACAAAAGAUGGAAAGGGCCUCCUGUAUACCUCAUCCUUAAACUGUGCAGUGAAAACUGUUCAAAAUGAAGGCUUCCUAGCUCUCUAUAAAGGCCUCUUGCCCAUUUGGGCAAGAAUGGCCCCCUGGUCCCUUACAUUCUGGUUAACAUAUGAGAAAGUGAGGAAAACUGUGGGAACAUCAUCAUUUUAA